AUGGCUCUUUUUUGUAUAAAAUCACCAGACAUCAUAAUUCAUACGUCAAGUUACCGUGCAGGAAAAUGCAUUUUCUGACAUUCCGUUCAUUCCCUUUUGCAUUAUCAUCUUAUAUCUAAUUAAUUUUAUCUUUAAGGUGUUUACACAUUCGAUGCUACUGGUUCUCGCUACCAAGGUACAUGGACAAAAGGUCGUUGUAAAGGUGCUGGUGAAUUAAUUCACGCUAAUCACCGCUACUCUGGUCAGUUUGCAGACAACUGUAUGAAAGGCAAGGGAAAAUAUUUGUUCGAUAUUGGCUGUGAACAAGUGGGAGUGUAUAAUGUCCAAGAAGAUCAAAUACAAGGAGAGACUGAAGAAGAUGAACCUACUACUAUACUUAAAGCAUUGUGGAAACCAAAAUCAUUGGCUGCUAUUGAAGGACAAACAUCUUAA